CUGGCUCGAAUUCUCAAAAAAUUGUUUGAUAGCCGACAACAGCAAAAAUAUGAUGCAAAUGAAAGAGUAUAAGGAGGUGCCCCAGGAUGUGCCUCAGGAUGAUACUGUGGUGCGACAGCCCACGUCUGCAGAUGCUGUCAGGAUACCAAGUGGACCUGAGAACUGGAUGUCAAUACCCGUGGGCAUGCCCAACUGUCCCCAAGGACUCGAAUAUCUGACGGCGUUGGAUCAAUUGCUGGUGUCGCAGAAAAUCGAAAAGCUAGAGCUGCUCACCGGCUUCGAGACGAAGAACCGCUUCAAGAUUAAGAAUUCGCUGGGCCAGAAUGUUUAUUUUGCGUACGAGGAGAGUGACUGCUGCACCCGCAACAUGCUGGGCCGAUCGAGACCCUUUGAGAUGAAAAUACUGGACAACUUUCAGAACGAGGUGCUGCACCUGAACCGUCCGUUUCGCUGCGAUGUGCUCUGCUGCUUUCCCGACUGCCUGAACGCUGUGGAGGUAUCGGCGCCGCCGGGACAGGUUAUUGGAACAGUGGAACAGGUCUGCACUUUCCUACGACCAAAAUUCAACAUUAAGAACUCGUUUGGCGAUAUUGUCCUGCAAAUCGAGGGCCCCGUCUGCCCCUGCAAAUGUUUCAGUGAUACCAAUUUCAAGGUAUUGAGCGCCAAUAACGAGGAGAUCGGCAAGAUAAGCAAGCAAUGGUCGGGCCUGGGCCGAGAGCUGUUCACCGAUGCGGACUACUUUAGCGUCACGUUCCCCCUGAAUCUGGAUGUGCGCAUGAAGGCGCUCAUCUUCGCAGCACUCUUUUUGAUUGAUGUGGUUUACUACGAGCAAUAAGCCUUCACACACACACACAUAAUAUUUGCCGACUGCUUAGUGGUUUAGACGCGUUGCAUCGUCAUAGCAUUUAGGGUUUUUUUAUCUUAUUUACACUUUACUUAAACGCAAAGCCAACCGCAUUUUCUGAGAAUUCGAACAGUGCAAUUCUUUCAACAACUUGGAAUCUCCCCCAACCGGAAAUCUUUGGAAUCUCUCCUCUUUCUUUGAAAUGGAAUAUGUUAAAUCUUUCGCGCACAUUGCCGAUGAGUCGUCGCUGCCGUUGGCAUUUAAAUCGCACAAAACACACACUGAAACAAACACACGAACAAAAAUAUGAGAUCCAGUGCCUUAUGACGUCCUAGUUGUACCCCUCCACGGUUGCCCUCUAUUUAUAUAUAUAUUGUAUAAUAUAUUAUUGGAGCAUAGCAGGAAUAUCUACUUAAUAACAGCAACAAUUGUGUACCUAACUAAAUGGUUAACCUGACACACAAACAACACGAAUUGAAUAUUAACGAAUAUUUUUAUAAGAAUCAAAUGGAAAUCGAAUUGUUAACAGAGAAUAACUCUGGCUAUACCCCCAGAUAUAUGACAUUUUUGUAAAGUUUAUAAUUUCGACACACACACACGCACACACACAUUAUUACUUAUUGCAUAUAACUUAUGUACUUCAUCAUUUUAUUUAUCUCUCAGUUAUGCUGUAUGAAUCUGUAAAAUAAACAAAAUAUGUUUUAUAC